CAUUAUCCACAUUCUUUCCAGCUAGCUCCUGAGAUUACUUGCAAAACAUUCUUGUUGUUUGCUCUAGCUAGCUGCUGCACCAUAUAUAGAACUAUCGAUCUGAGCCAUUAUAUUGUUGGCAUUUGUGCUCGAUCGACGUCGUCGUCGUCGUCCCAUGGCGACUAAUAAGCCUUUUGCAGUUAAUAAGCUGCUGCCAGUUGUGGCCCUCCUGCUCCUCCUCGCAGCAUGUAGCUCACCGGUGGUGGUGGCUCAGCUGGUCGCCGGCUACUACAGCAAAACAUGCCCGGACGUCGAGGAGAUCGUCCGCGACGAGAUGGAGAAGAUCAUCUCGGCUGCACCCAGCCUUGCUGGCCCGCUCCUCAGGCUGCAUUUCCACGACUGCUUCGUCAGGGGCUGUGACGCCUCUGUGCUGCUCAACUCUACGGAGGGCAACCUGGCGGAGAGGGACGCGAAGCCGAACAAGAGCCUCCGGGGAUUCGGUUCCGUGGAGAGGGUGAAGGCCAGGCUGGAGGCCGCCUGCCCCGGCACCGUUUCCUGCGCGGACGUCCUCACCCUCAUGGCCCGCGACGCCGUCGUGCUUGCCAAGGGGCCAUUCUGGCCAGUCGCGCUGGGGAGGAGAGACGGCCGUGCGUCCAGCGCGACGGAGGCGGCCGACCAUCUGCCUCCAGCUUACGGAGACGUGCCCCUGCUCACCAGGAUCUUCUCUUCCAAGGGCCUCGGCGUCAAGGACCUCGCCGUCCUCUCCGGCGCCCACACGCUAGGCACGGCGCACUGCCCCUCCUACGCCGACCGCCUCUACAACUUCAGCAGCGCCUACGACUCGGACCCGUCCCUCGACACCGCGUACGCCGACCGGCUCAGGUCGCGCUGCAAGAGCGUCCACCACGACGACAAGGACAAGGCCAUUCUGUCCGAGAUGGAUCCCGGCAGCUACAAGACCUUCGACACCAGCUACUACCGACACGUCGCCAAGCGCCGGGGGCUCUUCCAGUCCGACGCCGCGCUCCUCGCCGACGCCACCACUAGGGAGUACGUCCACCGUAUUGCCACCGGCAAGUUUGACGACGUGUUCUUCAACGACUUCGCCGAGUCCAUGACCAAGAUGGCCAACGUCGACGUGCUCACCGGUGCCGAGGGGGAGAUCAGGAAGAAAUGCUACAUCGUCAACUAAAGUAUACAUGUAUUAUCAGCUAGCUAAAUCAUUAUUGUUGUUUUAAUGAGUUUAACUCCGUCCACUAGAUGAUAGGGCGUGUGUCUGCCUGUUAUUAAUCAAUGUAAUGUAUGUACUCCUAUUUUGCUGUAAAUUCAUUCUUAUCAA